UUCAUAAAGAACUUUUAACAGGUUUCUGAAAUUAUAAAUUACGAUAAGAAUAAUAGUUUUAAAAAACACUAUUACAGAAAAGACGUAUUUCUCCAAUUGAAACAGCAAAACACUAUAUAGAAAUGCAAAAAGACCCAGACACUUUAUACAAAAAAGAAGUAGAUAAAACAAAAGGUUUUGGCGUCUUUUCUUUUGAAAAAAUUCAAAAAGGUCAAUUCAUUGCCCAAUACAGAGGAGACUUAGUGCCAAAAAAAGAAAUGAACAACAAAAUACAAUAUUAUGAAAAAACUAAUGCUGGUAGUUAUGUUUAUGACUUUCUACACAAUAAUAUUGAGUACAGUAUUGAUGCCACAUUUCAUUUUAAUUAUAUUGGCCGUUAUUUCAAUGAUUCAAAAUAUUAUCCAAAUGCUAUAAUGAAAAAAGUUGUAUUGAAUAACACUCCAUCUUUAUGCUUGUUUGCACUAAAGGAUAUAGAGCCAAAUGAAGAAAUACUAUACUUCUACGGUGUUGACAAUUUAAUUUGGCAUACUGAAGAAUUAAAAAGGAAAAAUCAAAAAAGAAACAAAUCAAAGGCUUGUUCUCCUACAAUAAAAAACAUUGCAUCGUAUGAAGCUGCAGAAGACAUUGAUUUUGGUGUGGAAUGCACAAUAUCUAACUCGCCAUUUCACAAUUCAAGUUUAGAGGUUCGAGUUUGUUCUUCUAUAACAAAGGAAACUGAAUUAGAUGUCAAAGAACUUCUAGAUUCAGAUUAUGAAGGAAAAAAAAUUACCAUAGCCAAUUCACCAAGUCCUGAGGCUUAUUCUCCUACAAUAAAAAACAUUGCAUCAGAUAGUAAAGCUGUAGAAGAUUUAAACAUUGAUUUUGGUGUGGAAAAUGCAAUAUCUAACUCGCCAUUUGACAAUUCAAGUUUAGAGGUACAUGCUUGUUCUUCUAUAGAAAAAGACACAGAUUUGGACGAAGAGGAAACAAAUUCAAAAGAUUUUGAUAAGAAGGAAUUUCACCCAGAGAAAUUAGUUCAUUUGUCAAAAAUGAGUAACACCAAGGUCAAGUCAAUGAAAAAAAAACCAGGCAGAAUUUGUAUAUUUUGCAACAAAAUUCAAUCGAGAUUAACAAGACAUAUAACUUUAAAACAUAAAGAUAUAGAAACUGUUAAAUCAGCUUUGAAUCUUCCAGACAGAGAAAAACUAAAAAUGUUUGAUAAAUUUAAAAAAGAAGGAAUAAAAAAAUAUAACAUUGAUCAAACAAAAGAACUAAAUCCUAACUUUCAAAGAGAGAGAAAGGCAAAAAAGACUUGUAAAGACACAGCAGAAAAUCUUGAGAUGUGUGGACAUUGCAAUGGCUUUUUUUCGAAACGCUUUUUAAGUAGACAUAGCAAAAAUUGUGACCUAAAUAAUUUAAAAUCAACCAUUCAUAUUCCACUUAGCUUGAUAAAAGACAAUUUUCUUUCAUCAUUUCCAAACGAAUUUGUUACAAAUGUUCUUGGAAAUAUGAGAAAUGAUGAUGUUGGUAAAAUUUGCAAACAGGAUGAUAUCAUUUUAACUGUUGGUCUUCGUUUGUAUGACAAAAUGAAAAGAAAAUGCGAUAAAGCUUCAGAAGUUCUUAAAUCUGUCCGAAACGACAUGAGAAGACUUGGAAAUCUUUAUUCGAUUUUCAGAAGGAAUGAAAAAGUCCAUAAAAAAUAUAGUAACUCUAUGGACAUGUUUAAUCGAAUUAAUUUUGAUAUUUUAAGAAAUGCGAUUGAUGAAUAUACUAUAUCAGAAAACUGUUUAAAAUCAGGAUUGAAAAUUGUUCUCUCCUCAUUAAUAAAAAAAGCAGCAAAGAUUAUAAAGGGAACAAUACUUACACAAAAUGAUAAAAAUCUAACCUAUGAGGAAAAUAAUAAAUUAGUUUUAGAAAAAGUGCAAGAUAUUGAUUUGUUUGUAUCUGUUUUUGAAACUUGGAAAGGGUAUAUAUUUGGUGAUGCUGAGUAUGACAUAAACAAAAAGCGUCACCAAAAACUUAGGAGACCAACAAAUUUGCCAGAAGAAAAAGAUGUCCAAGUUCUUCAAAAUUAUAUUCUUCAGCGAAUAGAAAGUAUAAUGAAUGACAGGUUUAUUUUUUGGGACAGCCAUACAUUUAUCGAACUUCGCGACAUGGUUUGCACUCGUCUUACUUUGCUAAAUGCCAGACGUGGUGGGGAACCAGCUAGGUUGCUGUUAAAUGACUGGAAGGAUGCCGAAGAUGGUGCAUGGAUUAAACCACAACAUAUCAAAGAGCUAAAUCAACUUGAUAAAAAAUUAGCCAACUCAAUACAAGUUGCAUAUAUGACUGGAAAGGGAAACAACCAUUUAGUACCAGUAUUAAUUCCAUUAGAUUCAUUUGCAGUCCUUAGAAAAUUAGCAGAUUUAAAGAUUAGGAAAGAAGCUGGUAUUUUGGAAAAUAAUCCAUAUCUUUUCCCCAGCACAAAAAAUAGUACCAAUCAUGUUUCAGGUUGGCAUGCACUGCAUGCCAUAUGCAUGAAAAUAAAAAAUAACUUAAUAAAACCAAAUAAACUUACUGCAACAUCUAAUCGUCGCAGAGUAAGCACUCUAUUUGCAAUGUUGAAUUUACCACCACAAGAAAGAGAGCUUUUUUACCAACAUAUGGGACAUAGCCAAGCCAUUAACCAAAAUGUGUAUCAAGCUCCACCAGCAUUACUAGAAAUACUAAAAGUUGGUAGACAUUUAAUCGAUCUUGAAAAUGGGAUACAAAAGAAUGCUAUCAAUACUGUACCUCAGACAUCUACCAGUGAUUUAAAAAUAGACUGGAUGGAACACAUUGAAGAUUCAAGUGAUGGCAAAAAUUAUGACAAUGAUUGGGUGAUUGAUACAGUAAGCAGUAAACAAAUGAAUGCUAUCAAUACAGUGCCUCAACCAUCAACCAGUGACUGGAAGGAUCACACUGAUGACUCAAGUGAUGAUAGAGAUGAUUGUGACAAUGAUUGGACGCUUGAUACAGUAAGCAGGAAAAAAAAUAAUAAAAGAGUCAAUCUAAAUGAACAAAAUGAAACUGGUUUGUAUAAAAAAAGAAAAAAAACAGAGCUCCUACACAAUAAAAUAGCUGAAAACAAAACUGGGCGUUCAUACUUUCAAUGGAGCAAAGAACAAAUAAAACAUUUUUACAGUGUUUUUGGCUCAUUUAUUACUGGAGCAAACCAGGAGUAUUUUCCGGCAUUAAAGCAAAUAAAAGAAUUCAGUGAGCACUAUAAAAUUGAUCUUCACAAAGUAAGAACAAAAAUCAAUAAUGAGCGCAAAAAAUUGAUUAACUUACAGAAAAAAAGAAUAAAAGAAAUGAAUAUUUCAAACAUAUAAAAUUUUAUUUGUCAUUAUUUGUCAAAGAAGAACUUUUUACAUGAAGAGAUAAGGAACAAAAAAAUUUUCACAAAAGAACUCUUUAUUUUUUUAUGUUUAACUCAUACUUUAUAUACAUAACUGUUAUGAAGAUUUUGAAAUAUCUGCUUUUGAUUUUUUUUAACCAUUUUUUUUUGCUUGGUAAUCAAAAUAAAAUUUUGGUCAUGAUGUAAACUUUUUUUUUUAAAAACUAAACCAAUCUGUUAUCAAAUAGGCAACUUAAUCAAAACUUAUUGAAAGCAUAAUAGUUAAAUAUUACAGAAUGUCUCUUUCAUCUUUUUAAUCCUUAAGGUUGCAUUAACAUCAUCUCCGAUAUACAAAAAUUUUAAAAUUAAUAAUUUUUAAAACAUUAAAAAAAAAAAAAAAAAAAACAUAAAAAAACAUUGAAUAAAUCCACAUUCAAUGAUCUUUUUAACAACGUGAAAAAAAACAUUUUUAACAACGUGAAAAAAAACACAAUUUUGCUGAUAACUUAUUCUGGAGAUAAGUUACCACAACAUAAAAAUCCUGCAAAAAAAAAUCUUGUAUAAAAAAUUUGGAGCUUUAUUUUAUUUUUAUUAAUACUAAUUUAUUUGAAAGACCUAUGAUAACAAUAACAAACACUAAUAAGUAAAAAAAUUUACAUAAAUUUUUUAGAACUCAAACUUAUACUGAAACAGUAACAAGCUUAUAUUAAAUAUAUAUUUUUUAAAUAUAUUUUGAUGUUUAUAUAAAAAUAAAAUAAUAAAAUUACAAUGAAACUUUUACAUUACACAAAGAAUAUAUAUAAAACAGACAGGGGAUGACUGGUAUCACCACAAUCUUUUCAUAGAGCCCCUUCACAAUAUCAUUUAAAGCCCACAUGGCUUUAGAAAAUUUACAACAAAUAUUUUAUCUGUUAAAUACUCUGUGAAGAAUAAAGAAAAGCUCAUAUAUACAUAUAUACUCAUAUAUACAUAUACCCAUAAAAACACACACAUAUACAAACAUACUUUCAUAUAUGUCAGAAAUUAAAGAGAUGCAGUUUCAUUUGUUGUUUAAAAGAGAAAGUGCUUUUCAAAUUUUUUAUAUUGUUAUUUUUUAAUUGAUUCCAUAAUGACAGGCCUUGGUUAAUAAUUGAGAAUUUCGACACUUGCAAUUUCACUAUGCUCAAGUGAUAGCUAUGGUUGUUAUUUGAUUAAGAUUGUAUUUUUGUAAAAAUAUUGAUGUAAAAAUAUCAGAAAACACUUUUGGCA